AUGUGCCUCGAUGAGCUAGCUAACGAUCAUUGGACCACGAAAACGCGUCCCCAAGAGCGCCGCACCGGUGACUGGCUCUGCAGAUGGUACUGCACCCGCUUCUGGCGCGGCUGUCUCGAAAAAGCCCAAGCAAGAGGCUGGGGUCCGUACAAGAAGACGCCUCGGAUUACCGACGAGGCCGAACGUGAAGGGGUGGAGGCGAUGGUGAAGGCGAUUGGCGAAGCCUUCCAGCGGGCUAAGAUGUAA